AUGCGCUGUUCAGCAGCGUUUUGGAAGGAAUAUAAAGUACAACGUCAACAUAUUCAAUUUGAAUUUGCCGAACAAUUACGAGCAAAUAUGGCUACAUUGGUUGGAAAUGUUGAGCAUGCGGAUGUAUUAUUGGUUGCAGCAGAUGGAAAUAAACUUCCAGCACAUCAAUGUAUCUUACGACAAAGAGCUCCGACCUUUUUCAAAACGCAUAUUGAGCCAACCUUAAAAGCUUCUUCUCAUGAAGCCAAUCAUAGAAUAUUGGAAAUUGCAGUGGGUGAUAUCGAUUUUGCUGGCCUUAAAUUUUUUAUACGAGCUGUGUAUACGGAAGAUGAAGCAUCGCAUCUACCCGAAAGUGGUUUUAUUGAUCAGCAGGAUAUAAUUGAUAAAGAAGAUGAUAAAGACGAUGAGAAAUUGAAUCAUACCUACAAUAUGGAUGAGUCAGCCGAAUUUGAGGACAUGAGUACGAAAAAUUUGUCACAAAUGGAUAAUGAUGAAAUGGGAACAUCAAUAGUAAGUGGGGCAACAGAAAAUGCCGGUCGAUUGCUGCAAAUGACAUCAUUUCAAGAAUUAGCUAUAAAGGAUUCACCAAUGUAUACCUCGGUAUCAUCAUCGGAAUUACUUGAAAGUUCUACCACAUUCACUCGAGAAGAUUCCAAUGAACAUCCAUUGAAAGAAUAUACACCUAGUCCAUCAUUUAUCUGUAUAAGCAAUAACAGUACAACAACAACAACAACUGUUAAUGAUACUACUUCGAUGGAAUCUUUAACAUCGACCCAAAGAAAGCCUAUAUUUCAGAUGUUUAUUGGCCUAGGAGGUGAUAUCGAUCCGGAAAUGUGGCACAGUGCUCCAGGACCAGAAGGUAUUCGUGGUCGUGCUAUAAUGGCUAAACGAUUAUCGAUGACAUCGUUAAAUUCGUUAACAUCUAUUGAUCUAGCACCUAGUCACGACGUGUCAGUGUUUACCGCAGAUAAAAAUCCCUCAUGUAAGUUAGCAGCAGACCUCCUAAAUAUGUAUCUCAAUAAUAUUGAUACGGAUGUUAUUAUCAAGACUGAUAAUGGAGAGCUAUUCGCACAUCGGUGUAUUUUAUCAGCUACUUGUCCAUAUUUCAAAGAUCAUUUAGUGAAUCGACAAUAUGAAUGCAUCGAAUUGAAAGGGUAUUCUCGAACUGCAGUUCAUUAUUUUAUAUCGUUUUUAUAUGGCGGCCUAACAUCAAUUGGUGAGGAUGUUGAUGUCUGGGAACUUAUUUCUCUGGCCACUCAUUUGAAUAUGGAAAGCCUUAUUCAAGUCAUUUUAUUUCAUUUUCGAGCUACUAAAUGUCAUUUCUUCCAUCGACCUUGUGCUACCUGUGUAUCGGCGGUAUUUGAUGCUCUUCCACAAUUCAAUGCAAUACGCUCUCUACAACCCCUUUACAAAGAGGCUCUAUCCUGGCAAGCGAAACAUUUUUCACGAAUCUGGAAAGGUCGUGUAUUUAUGCAUCUGAAUCCACAUUGGCAGAACGAAUGUUUUGAAACUAUUGUUCAAGAACUUGAUGAGGAAUCGUUGAUAGAUGUAUUAUUGGGUUGCCAGAGACUUCAGGUAUCAUUACCACGAUCGAAAUCGAGUGCUGUGGUCGCAGAAGCAGUGAAAUGUUUGGUAAAUGAUCUGAUUGAAUACACUCAGGAAUUUUUACUGCAAUCAUUCGAUCUUGUUGUUGCAUCUGAAUCUUUUAAAGCGCAGGGUAAGGGUUUGGCACUAAAUCUGUUAGUAUUGGAAGAUAUAUUCCCUCCAAUGGUGCAUACGCUGUCAGCUGAUAUUGCCAUACAGACAUAUCUUAAUCUUAGUGAUUUGCUGAAAACCAUUGCCAGUCAACAAACUGUAUGUAAAAAUCCUAUACAACAAAUUGAUCAUAAUGAAUGGAAUUCACGAUUCAUAGCAUUGGUCCGACGACUACAUGACUUGACCGAUAAACAUUUGCUACAUUAUGCGGCAUCUGUUGUAAAAGCUAAAACAUGGAAUCUGUUAAGUGUGGAGGAUCAGCGUCGCAUACAGGAAUGUGGUUUAUUUGUGGAAAUGCGUAAAGCCAGAGCUCCGCCGCCUAAACUUUCAAGCCUGAAUAAGAUAUACAAACGAUCAUCCAGUGCUGGUGGACCAGUAAUAAAUGUUGCCAACUAUAAGGAGAGGACACGAUCGUUAGAUCGAUCACGACUAUUUUCUUUGUGUGAAAAGGUUGUGGAGGAGCACGAACCACACGAAUCACAAUGUACCACUGAUCCAGUUGAGGAUAAGAUAUAUAGAAGAGCUCAUAGUAUGAAGGAACGCACCACUCAUUCAGCAUCACAUCAAGUGGAUCGAAAUAUGGAUUUAAAUUCAAAUAAAACAAAGAUUCCACGACGAAAAGAGCGCAGUUCAGAGAGUAAGACCAGACGACACUGGACAACAGCUCCGGUGAGUGAUAAUUCGGCGGAAAAUAAGAAACAUUAUGAGGAUGGCAAUUUUAAGGUUCAUUAA